AUGUCAGUUCAGCUCCGAGAUUUGAAAACGACGAGGAAGGAGACGAUUAGUCACUCGAUUCGAUUGGAUUGCGUAGCGAAGGAUGCAUCCGAAGAGGAGAUAUCGUCUGUUAUAGAGGCAAAGCAUGGAGAGUGUGCGGAUUAUUCGGAAUGUAAAUACAGGCGAGUCUAUAGGCAUUGCCUAUGUGAGAUUGAAGAAUGCGAACGAUAUGGAAACAGUUCUAAAGAGAAUGCAUGUGUUGAGAAGACACGAACUGGGAUUAAACACAUUGUGGGCCAUUUCGCAGUGCCGAAGUUAUCUGUAGAGAGCACUUUCGCUCUGUUCGAAUCAUCAAACAUGUUUGUUUUGUUUAUGAGAGUGUUAUUGGCAGAUUCGAAUGCAGUUUAUUCCAAGUCUCUUCUUCCACGCCACGGGUUUGAGUCGCUAUGGAAAUGA